AGAAUACCGACGUGAAACAACCACAGCGUUGUGUUUCGCCGUGUGAGUGAAGUUACCGGAGGCCCAAUACUUCCCCUCCCCCGAUCCCUCCCAAUCCCUAAAAGGUCGGCAACGCACUCGUAACUCAUCUGUUGCGGGUGACCAUGGGUGGCGCUGAUUGCUUACCAUCAGGUAAUCCGUCUGCUCGUUUGCCGACCUAUUACAUAAAAAAAAACAUGUUAGAAAACUUCACAUUUGAAUUCUUCGGAAUAGGCCAUGUCUCGGCAUGGACGGUCGGAGUGAUAAUAUCACAACAUUUUCUUUUCUGUACUUUUUAGAGGAUAGUUAUUAGGUAUCUAUUUUAGGCUUAUUGUCGUACAUUAAUUUAUCAGUCUCCUAACCUUCUUGUAUUAAAUAAAUAAAAUUAUCCAAAAAGCUUUCCAGAUUUCACACGACAUGACAAGGAGAAUUCCUAAAGAAAAAUUAGGUAUAACUUUGCGUAACAAGAUAGUUUUGUUUACUUUAAUCCUUCGGUCGAUUUCCACAUAUUUGCGGCUCAGUGAGGUGAUAACUGUGGGAGACAAAUGGUUUUGGCUCGACCGGAGUGAUACCACGGCCUCACAGAAGACCGGCGUGAAGCAACCACUGCGUUGUGUUUCGCCGUGUGAGUGAGGUUACCGGAGGCCCAAUCUUCAAAUCCCUAAUCCCUAAAAGGUCGGCAACGCACUCGUAAAUCCUCCGUUGCGGGUGUCAAUGGGCGGCGCUGAUUGCUUACCAUCGGGUAAUCCGUCUGCUCGUUUGCCGACUAAUAACAUAAAAAAACACUCAAACUGUAAAAAAUGGUUACCACCUUUAUAUGUACUUAUGGAAAAGCAAUAAAGAU